UCCUAAUAAGAGUUUCAGUGUAAAUUAAUCUCUUUUCAGUUCCAUCUGUUAAACCACCGUUUCUUGUAAACACAAUAAAUAAAGCUCGGCCACUCCACAAAUAUUUCCAUCUACAAGUUCCAAUUUACAUUAUAUUCCACUGAUCGACUAGCUAGACUCUCCAUGCAUUCCAUGAUCAGAGCUCUUGAUUCACUAGAACAAGAACAAUUCAUCUACCAGGAGGAGCCGAUGAGCUUUGGCCGGCAGCUGCAAGGCGUGCAGUUUCCGGCGGAUCGUGACGAGGCGGCGAUCAUGACGGCCAUGGUGGCCGUCAUCGCUUCCGCCGCCGCCGCCGCCUCGUCCUCGUCCGCUUACUCUUCUUCCACGUCGGCGAUGUCCAACCCGGCUCGAGAAGCUUGUACCGACUUCAACAACUUAAACGAGCGAGCAUUUAGGCCUUACAGCUCUGCUCUGGCUCCGAAUUAUCACGAGCCCAAAGAGUUCCUGUGGGGGCAAAAGAUGAUAAAGAACUCGAUCUGUUUUCUGAGAAGAGUAAAGCGCGAUCAAGAGCCGCCGCCGCCGUCAACAAGCAGCCAUCAGCAGCACGUGGUAUCGGAACGGAGGCGUCGCGAGAAGCUCAAUGACAGCUUCCACAGGCUCAGCAUGAUCCUCCCUCCGAGUUCCAAGAAGGAUAAAGCUUCGGUGCUGAUCGAUGCAAGGAACUACUUGAAGACCCUGAGAGCUCAAAUUUUGGUGCUUCAGGAGAAGAACCGAAAACUGGAAGCACAUCUGCCAAACAAGGAGAUGGCAGAUCAGGGCUACAAGGCAGGCAAUAACGUUCAGGUUGAAGUCCUGAAAUUAGGCUCAGAAGAGCCACGCUCGCAGUUGGAGCAGAUCCACAUCAAGAUAGCUGUGGGAGUGGAAUGCAACAUUGUGAACUUGAUCCUGCAUGUUCUGGAAUGCCUCAGAGGGAUGAGGGUUGUGAGCAUAGCUUCAGUGGAUGCUCGUGCCUACUCCCCACAGAUGCAGCAGAUAUCUGCAGGAGCGAAUCUGAAGUUACAGAUUAAGAGGUGCGACUGGAACGAGGCGCUAUUCAAGGAAGCCAUGAACAGGGCGGUUGGAGGCGUUGCCGCAAGUGUUGAAACUCUUUUGGUGGCGUAGAUAUGCAUUGUGUGUAAUUAAUGAAGGAGGUUGAGAUUAAUUAUAAAAAAAAACUGCAGAAUAAGUAUUCCAGUAACAUUUUCAAUUUGUUUUCCCGUUCAAUGAUGUAAGAAUUGGAAUGAUAAUUUAUCUUUGGCGAACAUGAUGUCUUCCACAGUU